GACAGAGCAGGAGACGGACCCGAGAAGAGAGAUCUGCACUCCCCCAAACCUACCCGUUCGCCGCGCUCCCUGUUGUCCCUCGCGAGAGAAGAGAUCUCUUCCAAUCUUUGGCGCCUCCCGUUUCCAAAUCCCAAGUGGAGGGGGAGGAGAAAAGAAAGGAAGCCGAAGAGUGAAAGAAACCUUGGAUCGUUGUUUUCUCCCCGCAUUCUCGUAUAUUAAUUCUUGGAGGAGUGGAUCUGAACGCGUAAGGAGAUAUGAGUGACGGAGGUUUUCUGGAAAUCCAGCCUACGGAGCUCAAAUUCCCUUUCGAGUUGAAGAAGCAAAGCUCAUGUUCCAUGCAGCUGAUCAACAAAACAGAUCAUUUUGUUGCCUUCAAGGUUAAAACAACCAACCCAAAGAAAUAUUGUGUCCGCCCCAAUACUGGGAUGGUCUUGCCCAGGUCGACCUGUGAUGUCACUGUCACAAUGCAAGCACAAAAGGAGGCUCCACCCGACAUGCAAUGCAAAGACAAAUUCUUACUUCAGAGUGUUACCGCGGAGCAUGGUGCGACGACCAAGGACAUAACAUCCGAAAUGUUCAAUAAAGAACCUGGUAAGGUUGUUGAUGAAUUCAAGCUGCGGGUUGUUUAUGUGCCUGCUGGUCCUCCCUUACCUGUUCAUGAGGAAUCAGAAGAAGGAUCCUCACCAAGGUCCUCAACGUUCGAAAAUGGGACCCAAAGUUUGCAAACACUUGACUCUGUAUCAAGAUCCAAUGAACCCUCGAAGGAGAAGUCCCCAGAGGCAUUGGCUAUGAUUUCAAAGUUGACUGAAGAGAAAAAUUCUGCCAUUCAGCUAAACCAGAAGCUUCGACAGGAACUGGAUCUGCUGCGGAAAGAACGGGGCAUGCACCACGGCGGCUUCAGCGUCACAUUUGUGGUGUUGGUGGGUCUCCUAGGUGCUCUUAUUGGGUACAUCAUCAAGAAGUCAUAGAUGUGAGCACAAAAUGAUGAGAGAGUCUAUCCAACCAACCAAAAUGGUUUCUUUCCGUUUUCUCCAUCGAUGGACUUAUAAUAUUCACAGUGUUUGUCACCUGGCACUAAUCCAUGCGGACUGUUUUUGUUCUUGGAUUAAAAUUCCUGUACCAGUGAUGGUUGAAGACCUCGAGGCACUAAAUCCAUGUGACCUUGUGACUUGUUAGAUUACUGCCAUGUAAUGAAUGUUUUUUUGCAGCA